AUGGGUUAUAUUGUGUCCAUACUUCACUACAACAUUGGUGAGCCUGAAAAGCUUAGGAAAAUGAAUGAGGAAGAUCAAGCCACACCACCAUCCAUGAAUAAUUCCAAUGCAGUCCUUUUCUUCAAGAUCAUACUUUCAACAACUCUUGAAGAUGGAAAACUUAAGAUCCCAACCAGUUUCACUAGGAAAUAUGGUGAUGGCCUAUCAAACCCAGUGUUUCUUAAGCCUCCGGACGGAACCGAAUGGAAAGUAGAAUGGACUAAGCAUGAUGAUGGGAUUUUUCUUGAACAUGGUUGGAAUGAGUUUGCUAUGUAUUACUCUCUAGAUCAUGGGCAUUUGCUGUUUUUUGAGUACAAAAACACUUCUCAAUUUGAGGUACAAAUAUGUGAAGUGAGUGGCCUUGAAAUAGAUUAUCCUUUCCAUGUCAUUCAACAAGAAAAUGAAAACAUUGAACAGAUCAAUCAUGAGGCAGAUCAAGUGUUCGAUGAUAUGCCUCAAAGCCAAAACAAUAGAAUGAAAUCACCAAUGUCUUAUCCUCAACCAUCAAACACAACUAGAGAAGUUAGAACAAGCUGCAGUUUGCAAAACUUGCCUCUUAUUCACCAAAUUAAUGGUAAUGAGUGUCAAGGAACAAGCUUUGACAAGUCAACAUUUGCAUCUAUUAAGAAAGAAUUGGAUGAGGAUAUAGGUGGUAGCACUCCAUGUCCAAGAGUGGAACGGUUAAAGCAAACCUUAAACAAAGCUACAACUUCCAAAUCUAAGCAAAACCCCUCUUUCAUGGUUAUCAUGAAACCUUCCUAUGCUAACAGUUACUCAAUGAAUAUCCCUUCCAAAUUCACAGCAAAAUAUUUGAAGAAGCAAGCAACAGCCAUCCUUGAGGUCCAUGAUGGGGGGAGAACAUGGGCUGUUACUUACAGUUUUGGCAAAUUCAGUUCUGGAUGGAAGAGAUUUGCAAAAGACAAUAGUUUGAAUGUAGGGGACAUUUGUGUUUUUGAGCUCACGAAUCCCAAAGACCUUUAUUUUAAGGUAUCCAUAACUCGAAUUGAAGAAGAGGAACUUCCGCUAUCACAAGUUGAAGGAGACAGAGUCAAUUGUUUAGAACCAGCGAAAGUCAAUUAUGUUGAAAGCAAGAGUGACAUUAUGAUUAAAGUAAAAAAGGAAACACAAGAAACUUCAUUGGCGACUCCUCCCGGCUUUGAGCCAAAUGAAGAAGCCCUGAAAGAAGCUAAGAAAUUCACCUCAGAAAAUCCAUUUUUCAUGGUCAUUAUAAAGCCGAGUUUUCUGAGGCAACGCAGACCGAGUAUACCAGCUUUCUUCAUCAGAAAUUACCUCAAAAAGACUCAUAUUGUGACAUUCAAGUUUGGAGAGACACGGUGGCAUAUAAAGUUGCUGCGUUACACAAGAUACAGAAGUCCAAUCACAUUAUCGAAUGGUUGGAGCCUAUUUUGUAGAGGAAGUAGAUUGAAAGCAGGAGAUGUUUGUAUCUUUGAGCUAAUCAACAAAGAAGAUGCAGUGUUUGAUGUUCACUUGUUUAGGUGCCACUCUUAGGCAACCUAUUUGGAACUACUCUCAAUAAUCUUGUGAAUCUGAAACUACUUUGCACUGCAGUUAGUAAAACUUGAACUCUUAGUGUAAUA